AUGACGAAAGGAAAAUAUGUCGCCGGCGCCUACAUCGUAGAGAUAUCCGACGGCGAAAGUACAGACGAGUUCAUCUCAAGACUCGGGGCCCAAGAAGGUGUAGCCAGUGUUGAGGAGCGCAUCCGCUUCGACUCCACAGUCUUCAAGGGCACGUCUUUCAACCUUGGAAUUGUUCCGAAAAAAGACGAAGAAGAGGUCGUACGCCAGGUUGAAGCUUUGCCCGAAGUCAAAAAUAUCUGGCCUGUCGAAGUCAUCUCAUCGCCCCAACUGAAUCUAUCUUGGACGGCCCAAGGCAAACCCUUGGUGGAAGUUCAGCGGAGACAGGUUGGCAAAGACGGUUAUUCGCCUCACAUCAUGACCCAGGUCGAUCGACUUCACGCUGAGGGAAUCACUGGAAAGGGGCUUCGGAUAGGUAUCGUUGAUACUGGCAUCGACUACACACAUCCAGCCCUCGGGGGUUGCUUCGGGCCCGGAUGCCUCGUCGAGUUCGGCGCAGAUGUCGUCGGUGACAGCUACGAUGGAAGUCAGCCACCAAACCCAGACGGAGACCCUUUUGAAGAUUGUAACGGCCACGGAACGCAUGUUGCUGGGAUAAUUGCCGCGCUGGACAACCCGCUUGGCUUCAGAGGCGCCGCGCCUGGUGUCAAAAUUGGCAUGUUCCGCGCCUUUAGCUGCUCUGACACUACGACAAUGGACGCUCUCAUGGCUGCCACCAGUAAGGCGUAUGAAGGUGGAAGUGACAUUAUCACUGGCCGGUGUUCCCUGCACCUUUUCAGCUGGUAA